UUCCCUUAUCUCUGUUAAACGUUCAGUAAAUUCUUUGUCUAUAUGUUUGGUUCAUGCUAAAGCUAAUCUGAAUUCAAGUUUUUGGUCCUUGCAACACUACACAGGAACCAACGUGCAAUUGAGAACAAAUCAUGCAAUCACGCCGUCAGCGUCCUGCCGCUGAUACCCCGCAAGCAGCGACUGUUGCGACGCCCAAGGACAACAACAACCUGGAGCAAGAGCCGACAUCGCCGCUCGACCAGAUCGAAGGCGGCAGCAGCAGCAAUAGCAACGGUAACAAUGCCAACAGCAGCGGCAGCAGCGACUGCGACAAGCCGACCGAGACGGCGACCAGAGAUUUUUUGGUCUCCCUAUUGGAGUGUCCCGUUUGCUUUGGAUAUAUGAUGCCACCGAUAAUGCAAUGCUCGCGAGGCCAUCUCAUUUGCUCACAGUGCCGGAAUAAGCUAAAUGUCUGUCCCGUUUGCCGUGUCCCGAUGAGCAAUAUACGCAAUCUGGCCAUGGAGAAGGUGGGCUCGAAACUGAUCUUUCCCUGCAAGCAUGCCUGCUAUGGCUGCCGUAUGCGUCUCUCGUAUUCGGACAAGAAGGCGCAUGAGGAGGACUGCGAAUUUCGUCCAUAUUUCUGCCCCUAUCCCGAUGAGAAGUGCGUGUGGCAGGGUGCCCUGAAGGACGUGUACAAGCAUUUUGUUAGCACGCAUCAGAAUGUGAUCACCAUGGAGGGCACCGACAUCAUCUUCCUGGCCACCAAUGUCAAUCAGGUGGGCGCACUCGAUUGGACGAUGAUACAGUCGUGUCACGGCCGCCAUUUUCUGCUAUCGCUGGAGAAGGUGCAGUUGGGUGAGGGCUGUCAGCAAUAUUUCGCCGCCUGUCGCAUGAUCGGGACAAUGCGCGAUGCGGCUGACUUUGACUAUCUGAUCUCAUUGGAGGCCAACAAUCGCACUCUCAAAUGGAAGUCCAAGCCGCGUUCCAUACGCGAAAGUUUCGUGACCUAUACAAAUGCCGAUUUUCUGGUGCUCAACAAAUCAACGGUGGAACUGUUUUCAGAGGAUGGAAAUUUGGCGUUAAACAUCAUCAUCAAGAGGGCCAACAACAAUGACUAGAAUAGAGAAGAACUCUGCAUAUAUUGUGUAUAUAUACAUAUAUAUAUUUAUAUAACCAUUUAAUCUGCCAUCGGUCCAGUUAAGUCUCAGCAGUCUCUAUAUAUGCAUAUAUGUAUACAUAUGUGUAUUUAUCUAUAUUUWUAUAUAUAUGUGUAUGUAUAUAUAUAUACAUAUAUCUAUUCCUUAUGUGCUCGCAAAUGUAUAUAACUCGUAAUGCUCCGUGGCCAGAUGUCAUUUCAUAUCUACCAUGUCUGGGUGGCAAGCAAUAACAUAAAAAAAAAAUAAUAAUAAUAAUAGCAAAACAAAACUGGAKAAGCGCUGAUAGCAAAGCA